GUAUUAGUUGUAUGAUCUCAAACGAGAUCUUCCUCCAAUCGUGCCGGCCUCAACGACGCGUCCCAUUUCUCCAUUAUUUUUUCCCAUUUUUCCAAUAUUCUCCGUCCCAUUUGUGAAACUGAAACCAACUUCUUCUUCUUCUUUCUUUUUUCCGCUUUCAAAUACUGCUUACUGCUGCUAUGCAGAGUGGUAGAACAUUAUUGAUUGAUUGAGUUCAAUCUUGCUACCAGGAAUACCGAUUGAAUUGAAUGGCGUCGUCUUCUUCGACUGCUGCAUCUGUGGGAAGGCCGUCAUCGUCACACAGGUCGGAGAGGCCUCCUCUCUCUGCUUCUGCUUCUGCUUCUGCAUCUGCAUAUGCUGCGAGUAAUGUGAAUAGUUCAAGAAGUUCUCGUUCAAGUAUUCCUACUUCAUUGUCUUCUUCUACUAACGGUAUUCCUACUUCAAGACGCUCUCGUUCCCUGACUCCCAGUUCUCGGACUCGUUCGCCUUCGCCUUCGCCUUCUUCCUCCUCUUAUCUUUCCAACGAUCCAGAACCUGGAAGAGUAAGAGUUGCUGUUAGACUUCGUCCAAGAAUUGCAGCAGAUCUUUCAGAUGCUGAUUAUCCUGAUUGUGUUGAAGUGCAGCCAGAGCUCAAGAAGUUAAAGCUGAGAAAAAACAAUUGGAGUGCUGAGUAUUUUAGGUUUGAUGAAGUAUUUGCAACAAGUGCGUCUCAAAAGCGUGUUUAUGAGGUGGUUGCUAAACCGGUUGUUGAGAGUGUGUUGGAUGGAUACAACGGGACAGUGAUGGCAUAUGGUCAAACAGGCACUGGGAAGACUUAUACCCUUGGUAGAAUGGGUAAAGACGAUGAUUCCAAGCGUGGUAUCAUGGUUAGAGCUUUAGAAGACAUAACUGCAAAUACAUCUCCCACAUCUGAUUGUGUGGAAAUUUCAUACCUCCAGCUUUAUAUGGAAUCUAUCCAAGAUUUGCUUGCACCUGAAAAGACAAACAUCCCGAUCGUCGAGGAUGGAAGGACUGGAGAAGUAUCAGUCCCUGGUGCCACUGUUGUAAAAAUAAAUAGCAUGGACCAAUUUGUACAACUGCUGCACAUGGGUGAAGCAAACCGUCAUGCAGCUAAUACAAAAUUAAAUACAGAAUCAUCACGCAGCCAUGCAAUUCUUAUGGUAUUUAUCCGUAGAUCUGUACGCGAGCAAGAAGGAUUGGACAUCUCUUUACGGGAAACAGAAAUAGACAAAAAAACAGGUAGACCAGGAUAUCAUGUUCCAACAAUUCGGAAAAGCAAGCUGCUCAUAGUUGAUCUUGCAGGAUCUGAGCGAUUGGAUAAAUCUGGGAGUGAAGGUCACUUGCGUGAAGAGGCUAAAUUUAUCAAUCUGUCCCUUACUUCUUUAGGAAAAUGUAUUAAUGCACUGGCUGAAAAUAGUCCUCAUAUUCCCACAAGAGAUUCUAAACUAACCAGAUUGCUUCGUGAUUCAUUUGGAGGUUCAGCGAGGACUUCACUUAUAGUAACUAUAGGGCCAUCUUCUCGUCAUCAUGCAGAAACCUCAAGCACUAUAAUGUUUGGACAACGGGCCAUGAAAAUUGUAAAUGCAGUAAAGCUAAAAGAAGAAUUUGAUUAUGAAAGCUUAUGCCGGAAGCUUGAGAUUCAAGUUGACCACCUUACUGAAGAAGUGGAUAAGCAGCAAAAGUUGAGGGAGAAUUGCAGAAGUGAAAUGGAAAUCAAGCUUAGAGAAUACCAAAAUUCAUUUGCUGAAGCAGAAAAGAGUUUGGUUUCCAGGUCUGAGUUUUUAGAGCAGGAGAAUGCUUCUUUAGAAUCCAGGAUGAAAGAUUUUGUAAAAGAACUCAAAAGCCUAAAAGACCAUAAUGAUCUGAUGCAUGAUGAGAUUGCACGACUUGAAAAGAGUAUGAAGAAUAACAAGUUGCUGGAGAAGGAGAAUUCUCAGUUGGCACAGAAGUUGAAAGAUGUAUUGGAUGAUUUGUCUCAGCAGAAAAAUUAUAAUGACGUAAUGAGAGAUGAAGUUGCUAGCCUAGAAAUGAGUUUAAAGCUCAGCAAGCAACAGCAGCUAGAAAAUUCUACAUAUCAGAAAGUGCUUGCGGAUACCACCCAAAUGUAUGAGAAGAAAAUAGCUGAUCUGAUGAAACAAUCAGAAAAUUCACAUGCACGAGCUGAAAGUGCUGAAGGACAUUUGGAAGAACUGAAGAAAAAACUAACUGAUAAUCAGAUCUUGAUGCAGCAUGUUCAGAUGGAAAAUUCUAGAUACCAGAAGACACUUGCAGAGACCACUCAGAUGUAUGAAGGGAAAAUAGCUUCUUUGACUCGGGAGAUCAAUGAAGAGCAUGCGCGGUAUAUUGAUGCAGAAGAGCAGUUAAACAUAUUAAGAAAGCUCUCAAGUGGUCAGCAAAACUCAGUCCAGAUUUUGGAGCAAAAAGAGAUCAGAGAGCUUAAGUCUAGAUUACAAGAAAUGCAUCAAGUGCAUGAGGCAACUGUCAAUGAACUGCAAUCUCUGAAAAAAGAACACAAUGAUCUGGAAGCAGAAAAGGGUAGAUUAAAUGAUGAAAUUCAUACCCUGAGGCAAGCACUCAAAGUAGAGGAAAUGCGAAGGAAGGCUGCUGAAAAUGAUCUGGUUAAUAUCAAGAAGGUUGUGCCAGAAUCUGAAGAUGGGUUUGAGGAGAAGAGGUCAUAUACAAAAGAAAAAUUGAACAGAGGACCUUCGUCAUUUGGCCAAAGGAGCAGUAUUGCGAAGAUAUGUGAAGAAGUUGGCCUCCAAAAGAUAUUAUCCUUGCUAACAUGUGAAGAGUUGGAUGUCCAAAUUCAUGCGGUGAAAGUGGUAGCCAAUCUUGCCGCUGAAGACAGCAACCAAGAGAGGAUUGUUCAUGAAGGGGGUCUGGAAGCACUGCUCAUGCUGCUGCAGUCAUCAGAGAAUACAACCAUACUCAGGGUGGCUUCUGGUGCUAUUGCCAAUUUGGCCAUGAAUGAGUUGAAUCAAGGCCUAAUAGCAAGUAAAGCUGGUGUUCGGCUUCUUGCAAAUACAGCUACCAAAAGGGAUGACCCACAAACUCUGAGAAUGGUGGCUGGAGCAAUUGCAAAUUUGUGUGGAAAUGAAAGCUUACAUGUAAUCCUGAGAGAAGAUGGGGCCAUUAAAGCUCUCGUCAAAAUGGCUAGAUAUGGGAAUAUUGAUGUCAUAGCUCAGGUAGCCAGAGGAAUGGCUAACUUUGCAAAGUGUGAAUCUCGAGGAAUACUUCAAGGAAAUAGGAGAGGGCGUUCACCAUUAAUGGAAGAUAAUGCUCUAGCAUGGUUGAUCGCAAACUCCAAUACCACUUCUAGUUCAGCUCGGCGUCACAUAGAACUUGCUCUUUGUCAUUUGGCACAAAAUGAAUACAAUGCUAAGGAUUUUGUAUCCAGUGGAGGAUUGAAAGAACUGAUUCGAAUAUCGGUGGAGUCUUCAAGAGAAGACAUCCGCAACUUGGCGAGCAAGACACUGAAGUUAAGUUCAGCAUUUCAAGCUGCUGUUGAUGCACUGUGAAGCAGGAUGUAUAUACAAAACAAUUAAUAUUAGGAUUCUUGGUCAUUUCUUUACAUAGACAUAUCAUCGUUAAGUAGGUCUUCUGUGCUGCCAAAAACAAUCACACUCCUUUUACAGGUACUGUCCCGGGUAAGAGGUGGAAUUCUUUUCUUUUUUUGGCUGAUGUAAAAGAUUUUGACGAAUUCCAAGCAAUAAAGCAUAACAAAUGAAGUUACCCGGUUUU